GAAUUUUGGCAGAAAUUAAAAACAAUACAAACGUUUUAAAAGGUUUGUCAACAAAAUCUGUGAAAAUUAAUUAUUUUUUUUAUUUUAAUCACACAUCGCACACUAUGGAUGGACUUCCAAUAGUUAACAAUAAUAAUCUUCUUGAAGAAUUCUCUUCCGAAGAAGCCACUUUUAAAAAACCAAACAAUUUAAAACGAAAUCUUGAUAUUGAUCAGCUUUCUUCGCCUCCUAAAAAGCCUAAAUACGACAAAUGUGAAAAUCUUUUAAAGCCUCAUACAAGUCCAAAAAAACGAAUAAAUAUUGGUCUUCCUGUUCAAGAAUCUAAAAACAAAUUUAUAUAUGGGAACUAUACUCGCUAUUAUGGUUAUCGCAAUCCUAAAGAUUUCCACGAUGUCCGGUUAGAUAUAUUCCAAGCAAAUAAAGAUAUUUUUACCGGCAAAGAAGUGCUUGACAUCGGUUGCAACAGUGGUCUAGUCACGAUGGAAAUAGCUAAGAAGCUACAGAUCAAACACAUAACUGGAAUCGAUAUCGACAAGGGACUUGUUAACAAAACAACAAAGGCGAUUUCUAAGUUAAGAAAAUCUUCACCAAGUGCUGAAAGGAAAGAUUUUCCUUUCAAUGUGAGUUUUGUGCAUGGGAAUUAUGUACUCCGGGACGAUGUUCUUUUGGAAAUCGAAGAGCCAAAUUUUGAUGUGAUACUGUGUCUUUCGGUAACCAAAUGGAUACAUUUGAAUUUCGGGGAUAGUUCCCUAAAGCAAGCGUUUAAAAGAAUGUAUGCUCAACUGCGACUUGGCGGUUGCUUAAUUCUAGAACCACAACCAUGGGAUGGAUAUAAGCGAAGAAAGAAACUUACGCCCGAAAUAUUUAAGAACUAUCAAGAGAUUCAAUUCAAACCGAAGAGUUUCACCGACUAUCUGUUGAGCAGUGAAGUUGGAUUUAAGUCUGUUACACUACUUGCUGUACCUGAUCAUCAAGCUGAGGGAUUCCGAAGGCCAAUACAAUUGUUUUUAAAAUAAAUUUGUUUUUUAU